UAUUCUUAAUACUUUUUCUAUUUCAGGUUAACAAGCCGUAUCUUCCAUUGGCGUCGGGGGAAUAUUCUGUUGCAACUGGUGUUAUGAUUGUUUCAUCUUUUGCCAUUCUGAGUUUUUGUCUUGGAUGGAUUGUUGGUUCCUGGCCACUAUUUUGGGCUCUUUUCAUCAGUUUUGUACUUGGAACUGCAUAUUCAAUUAAUCUGCCACUGUUGAGAUGGAAGAGAUUUGCUCUUGUUGCAGCAAUGUGCAUCCUGGCUGUACGAGCAGUGAUUGUUCAAAUUGCAUUUUUUUUGCACAUUCAGACCCAUGUGUACAGAAGACAUGCUGUCUUUUCAAGGCCUGUGAUUUUCGCAACUGCAUUCAUGAGCUUCUUCUCAGUUGUUAUAGCAUUAUUUAAGGAUAUACCUGAUAUUGAUGGAGACAAAUUAUUUGGCAUUCGAUCUUUCACUGUCAGAUUGGGUCAAGAGCGGGUGUUUUGGAUUUGUAUUUGGCUACUUGAAUUGGCAUAUUGUGUUGCUGUGUUAGUGGGAGCAGUCUCUUCCUGCCUUUGGAGCAAAUACAUAACGGUUUUGGGCCAUGCCAUAUUAGCAUCAAUACUCUGGAACCGUGCUAAAUCUCUGGAUUUGAAGAGUAAAGCUGCAGUAACAUCCUUCUACAUGUUUAUAUGGAAGCUCUUUUAUGCUGAGUACUUGCUCAUACCACUUGUAAGAUGAAUGUAAACAAUCUGACGAGGGCCUCUCUCUCUCUCUCUCUCUCUCUCUGCUGUAGCAGCAUGACAAUUGUUUAAGUGGUGUAUUGCUAUUGCAAGUAGGCUUCAAAAUUGUUUUUUUUUUUUGGUUAUAGCUAAAUUUGUUUUGAUCAAUGGCGAAUUUGAGUGAAACAUUAUUGUCAUUGUCAUUGUCACCACAACCAUGCCUUCCUAUUCAAUGAAGAGGUGGUGAAUUAUUUUGUUGUCAGCUAUGCCAUAUUCAAUAUUUGUUGGUAGGACUACAAGGUUAUCUUUAUACUGGUUUCAUGUGGCAAAUUUUUACGGUAGUCA